UUCCUCCAACAAUAUCGAACACCACUGACCCAAGCCAGUCCAUACUCGUCAACCGACCAUUGUUCUUAGAAUGUCCAGUUCAAGCUGACCCUCCAGCUCAGAUUGAGUGGUUGAAAAAUGAACAACCGGUAGAUCCAAUAAGGGACCCAUUUAUUCAUUUCAUCAAUGGUGGUCAGAAAUUACAACUCUUACGAACGAGAGUAGAAGAUACGGGCAAUUACACCUGUGUGGCGACGAAUGCUGCAGGACAAGCGAAGAAAGAUUUCAGGCUGGAUGUUUUAGUACCACCAAAAAUUGAAAACAACGAUGUGCUGACAAAAGAACCACAUGCUGUGGAGAAGACUGAUGUAGAACUUGAGUGUUAUGUCUCGGGAACCCCACGGCCAACAGUGGUCUGGAUGAAAGAUGGCAAGAUUCUGCAAACUGAUAAUGCUCCACAAGUUCAAUUUCUUCAUGAAAAUCAGUUGUUAAAGAUCACAGAAGUGGAAGUUUCUGAUGGUGGAAGGUACACCUGUGUGGCUUCCAGCCUGUCAGGGACUCAAGAGAAACAUUUUGACUUGACUGUACAAGUGCCUCCAAAGAUCUCUAACCAGUUGGACACAAAACCUGUUGGGAAUCUGAACCAUCAUGCUGUUCUUUUCUGUGAAACAACAGGUGACCCACGACCUCUUAUCACAUGGCUAAAAAAUGGACAACCCAUUGACCCUUUCAAUGAACCAAACAUGAACAUAUUGCGAGAUGGCUCUGAGUUACACAUUCGAAGAUUGAGAACAGGAGAUGCAGCCAAAUAUACUUGUGUUGCUACAAAUACAGUUGGUCAAGAUGAGAAACAUUUUGAUUUGAGCGUUCAUGUUCCUCCAACUAUUGACAGGUCCAAUUUUGUGCCCACACCAAUAGCUCUGUCCAACAGAACAAUUACUCUAGAGUGUCCAGUGAGUGGAAAUCCACGACCUACUGUGACAUGGCUCAGAGAUGGCAGACCACUCUCAGCACUAAAUAUGAGUUCCAGACAUCAAAUCAUAUUUGAGGGUGAAAAGUUGAGAAUAUCACCUGUACACUUGGAAGAUGCUGGUCGCUACAAGUGUAUAACAUCUAAUCUGGCAGGAAAUGACGAAGCUGAAUUCAUAAUGGAUGUGCUCGUGCCAUCGUUGAUACUAAAUGCUGAUAGAACUACCACACCAAAUGUUAUAGAACAUCAGGCUGUAACCUUAGAAUGUGAAGUUGAUGGUAAACCUAUACCCACCAUUACAUGGUUGAGGGAUGGUCAGUUAAUAUCCCCUGUAGAACACCCAAAUCUAAAGGUUCUGCCAGGAAAUGUGAAACUAAGAGUCAUCAAUGCUACAGCUGAAGAUGCCGGCUUGUACACUUGUCUUGCAGCAAACGAAGUUGGAGUAGCAGAGAAACAUUUCAAUCUUGAUGUUUUGGUACCACCAUCCAUCAAUGUAUCAGCCACAGACCCCAACCACGUUGCUGUGCAGAAUGAUGAUGUUGUUUUAGAGUGCCCUGCGUCAGGAAACCCCACCCCAAGGAUGAUCUGGUAUAAAGACUCUCAGAUGGUUCUGCCAGGCCCUGGGGUUCAUCUUUCUGCUGAUGGAAUGAAGCUGACUAUAUCUCGAGUCAGUGUGACAGAUGCUGGAAACUACAUAUGCAUGGCCGUUAAUGAUGCUGGAGACAUCGAAGUGGAGACGAGGCUCAGUGUGAUGGUUCCUCCUGUUAUUGACAAAGUUGGCAUUGAGGGAUCAUCACAGGUUGUUAUUAACCAGACAGCAAAAAUCUUUUGUGAAGCACACGGAACCCCGACACCAGAAAUUACAUGGUUAAAAAAUGGUCAGCCUUUGAGUGCUGUAAACUCAGGGGCAUACAGAGUGUCCAAUCAAGGUCAGUUGCUGGAAAUCCUGCGAGUACAAGGCACCGACAAUGCUACAUACUCUUGUGUUGCUGGAAAUGAUGCUGGAAUUGCUGAAGAGGAAGUGAAACUGAAUGUAUUAGUUCCUCCAGGAAUAGAAAAGAGCAGCACUAAUGAGGAAAUGGAGACUAUAAUUGGACAACCUGUUAGAAUCACGUGCACGGUAACUGGACACCCUCCUCCUGAAGUGACAUGGCUGAAAAAUGGACAUCUUGUUCAGCCAUCCCAGCACAUCCAGUUUCUAGAGAAAGGUCAUGUGUUACUGCUUAAUUCACCAAUAGAAACUGAUACAGCAGAGUACACCUGCAUUGCUACCAAUGAAGCAGGGACCACAGAGGAGAAUUUCAAAUUAAAUGUCUUGAUCCCCCCGUUUUUCUCGGAUGAUUCUCAUCCACACGUACCCGUGAUCAUUAACCGGCCAGUAAGAUUAGUCUGUCCAGCAAAAGGAGUGCCACCUCCAGAAAUUAGUUGGUUUAAAGAUGGCGAACCUGUUCGUAGUAGUGAUGAUGUUCAUGUGAACAAACAACAACUUCAUAUCUACCGUAGCCAACUGUAUCAUACAGGGUUUUAUUUCUGUGAAGCUGCCAACCAAGCAGGAGCAGUUGACAGACAUUUCAAUGUCUCUGUGUGGGUUCCACCAAAAAUUGAGAAUUCCGGAAUACCGACGUUUAUGUCUACAGUCAGUGGCCAUCCCACUAUUCUUGAAUGUUCAACAUCUGGUACUCCAGUGCCUACUGUCUUAUGGCUUAAAAAUGGACGCUCGAUCCAAAACAAUGAAAAAAUUCAAGGUAGUAGACAUCAACUUGAGAUCCAUGUAACAACAGUGUCAGAUGCUGGAACAUAUUCUUGUAUAGCUUCUAAUGUAGCUGGAAAUAGUUCCAGAGAAUACGUCCUUAAUGUGCUUGUUCCACCAUCCAUUAAAGAUGGUCCAGAGAAAGUUCGUGAGAUUGUUGGUGAAAGCAUUAGGCUUCAUUGUGAAGCUGAAGGUGUUCCCCAGCCACAGGUGACUUGGUUAAAAGAUGAAGAACCACUUCCUCCAGUUGGGCUGAAUUAUGAGGUGUUGUCUGGAGAAGACUUACAGUUCUUGAAUGUCAGGGUCCACAAUGCAGGAAACUAUACCUGUGUGGCUCAGAAUGAGGCUGGUUUUGCAAAAAGAAACAUCGAACUUGAUGUAAUGGUUCCACCAUCAAUUAUUCCUGAACCAUCCAUCACUAAGGUCUUGAUUAACCAAUCAGUUAAUCUCCCUUGUGAAGUAACGGGUCAUCCAGCACCAAAACUGACGUGGCAAAUGAAUAACAAUAUUCUUCCUCUUAGUCCAG